AGUGUGGGACUAUUAACCGUGGGAGGACGCUCAAGGCCGUCCAAGCAAAGCAAGACCGCAUCGGUGCAAGACCUCACUUUAUCGUGGGCAAUUUUCUUUCCGGAUGUGUAACUUUUGAGACAAAAAAAUUGAGGGCAUACUCAAAAAACAAUAGAGGGUUUGAGGGAUCAAGAACUGCGUUGAAGGAGAAUGAGGAAGAAGGAGAUGUUGAA